UUAACAUCUGCCCUAAUCCGCACGACUCAGCAAGUCUCAUUGUGAUGGCCACGAAAGCUGAUGGGAAAGAGGCUGAGAAAGCCUCUGAAGCUGUCUUGCCGCCCAGCAAACGCAAUGCUUUUUCUGAACUCAUGUCUCCCAAGCCAAAGCAGCCGAAGCCAGAUACCUCGAAGCACAUUGGAAAAUUGAGCAAGCCGCAUGAUCCUCGAAAUGGCCUCCUUGCCUAUAUUCUGGACCCAGCCAAAUAUGCGCCUAACAUCGUCAUAAAAUAUAAUGAACGGAUCGUCCUCAUCAGAGAUGCCUUUCCCAAGGCCACCGUCCAUCUAUUAUUGCUACCAAGGGAUCCAGCCAAACGAGACCUACACCCUCGCGAUGCCUUGAAUGAUAUGGAUUUUCUGGACAUGAUGCGCACAGAGGCAGCCGCAGCUUUGGAAUUGGCAGCAUCGGAGUUGUCACGGCAACUCAGUCCUUACUCGGAAUCUUGCAAAGAACGAAUCGCUGCUAUGGAAAGCGACGAACUGCCUGAUGAACUCCCAGCUGGCCGGGACUUUGGCAGAGAAUUCAAAGUCGGCAUUCAUGCUCAUCCGUCUAUGAACCACCUCCACAUUCAUAUCAUCAGUCGGGACAUGCAUUCAGACCGAUUAAAGCAUCAAAAGCACUACAAUAGCUUCAACACCGACUUCUUUAUUCCUCUCGAGGACUUUCCACUUGCACAGGAUGACACAAGGCGAAAUACGAGCUAUCAAAACGCCAAUCUCAAGAAGGAGUACAAAUGCUGGCGCUGUGGGAAGAUGUUCGGAAACAAAUUCACGCAGCUCAAAGCUCACCUGGAGGAAGAGUUCAGGGCAUGGAGGAAGGAAUGAGCAAAACCGAUCGCCAAUAUCAUUCUUAUCAAUCCCUCCUUCGCUCUCGACUUAGGUCUCGCAGUGGCACCGAAUUUCGUACAGGUUCAACAUAUUCUACCCCAUCUUGUCGUCCGCCAUCCUCGACAUCGAUAUAUAUCCUGCCUGACUGGACCACCUCGUAUUCGUACCGGGACUGAGUACUUCUCCUCCGCCGUCCAGUAUUACUAGCUUCGCCAGUACGAGCUUUCGCGUCCGAGUCUUGCCGCUUCCUGAUGAUCUCCGUCUCUUCAACUUCCCUGAAACGACCUCCAGUCCCGCUAGAUCGGCGAGUCGAAGGUUUUAUGCUUCCUGGCCUCGAAACAACACUACCUCUUUGACGUGCAACACCACCGCCACCACGUCCUCCUCGGCCUCCGUCACUACCAGAACUACUACCGCCACUUGGACUCCUCCCGUCACCACGCCGCCUAUACAGUAAUGCUAGACACCGCUUGAUGAGUUCAUCGGCCUCGAAUGUAUCUCUUUCGAUUCUUCGGAUCUGGAUGCGCUGUACCUGGUCGAGCAUACUGACAACGGAGGACUGGCUCUGCCACCUGGGAACAAUUAUUUGGAUCCUGCACCGUCGAGCUUGAUCACAUACCAUAUAAAACGGUGAAUCAGGUCCGUCCGGUAAUAUCUUUGUUCGUCGGAAGACAAUCCAGCUUCGGCCAUUCCCAUUCGAUUGGUGACCUGUUUCUGGUUGGGAGUCGGUCUGGCGUAAGCCUUGUCAUCGACAUCACUCUCGCCCCAAUAGUCACCCCGUUGAACCUUUUCGGCCCGAACUGGAUCCCUGAUAAGGAAUGGACGCUCGACAUUCUUAAAUUGUUGCCACAGAUUGUUGAGAGUGUUUUCUAGUAGUUGCGAUGCCUCAUGGUAUUUCCGUCGCGACCGACGUCGUCGCGAUUUAGGAAAUACGCCAUAAUGGUCGCCAUCCCGGGCGCGUUGCCGUAGCAGGACUUGUUCUGCUUGAAUUUCUUGACGGAGAUUGCCCAGCAUGAGCGGGAUGAGGGCGUCCGCAUUGCGCAUGGUUGAUAUGAGGUCGCGGUAGACACCUAGACAGAUGAGGACCAGAUAGCGAGGUCAAUGGAAGGCAUACCGAGUAAAGUGGCCAAGGUUAUCCCGAAGGAUAUGAAGCCAAUGAUUUGUGAAGCAAG